CGGAAGUUGAGAAGUAUUGCAAGAACAGAAGCUUCAGAACUUUCUCAGAACCGGAUUUUCUGUUCUCGCUGUAUUUACUGUGUUAGGAUCGACGGAAAUGGAGAUGGAACCAGAGCUCGAAUGGAUCGAAGCGCAGAAAAUCGGAAUCAGUGUAGACCUAGUGGCUGUGGCCAAACGCCAGCUUAAGUUUCUCGCCGCUGUUGAUCGGAAUCGCUGUCUGUAUGAAGGACCUGUGCUCGACAGAGCCAUCUAUAGGUACAAUGCUUGUUGGCUUCCCUUGCUCUCCAAACACACCGAGACGCCAGUUUGUGAAGGACCUUUGGUUGUUCCUCUUGAUUGUGAAUGGAUUUGGCACUGUCACAGGCUCAAUCCUGUCCGGUACAAGUCUGACUGUGAGGAACUUUAUGGAAAGAUCCUUGACAACAGUAAUGUUGUGUCCUCUCUCGAGAACACUUGUAAGAAGGAAACCGAAGAAAUUUGGAAAAGUCUUUAUCCUGAAGAGCCCUAUACCUUAGACUUCAACAGGGCGUUAUCGGAGGAUAUAUCUGAAAAAACUUGUGUACUUGAAAAAUGCACCAAAUAUGACUUGGUUUCAGCUGUUAAAAGACAGAGCCCUUUCUUUUACCAGGUAUCUAGACCCCAUAUGAGCAAUGACUACUUUCUUAAAGGAGCUUUGGCUAGGUACAAAGGGUUUCUGCAUCUUAUAAGAAGAAACAGGGAGAAGUCUUUGAAGCGCUUUUGUGUUCCAACUUAUGAUAUCGACCUUAUCUGGCAUUCUCAUCAAUUGAACCCUGUAUCCUACUGUAAAGACCUAAAUGAAGUACUUGGAAAGAUAUUGGAGCAUGAUGACACAGACUCAGACAGAACUAAAGGAAUGAAACUGGAUGUCGGGUUUUCUGGCACUACUAAACAGUGGGAAGAUACAUUUGGUACAAGGUAUUGGAGGGCAGGAGCAAUGUACAGAGGCAGUACUCCAACUCCUAUUACAAACACUCCUUUCUCAUCUAGCAUGAUCAAAAAGGAGAUUGCUGCAUCAAAUGAGCAUCAAAAAAUAAUUGAGCUUCCAGAAGUGAAAUCUGUGGAGGUGGUUUUGGAGUUUGUUGAAGUUAGAAACUUACCAGAGGGGCACAAAGGAAAUCUCUUUGUCUCAUUUUGUAAAAUACAACCUGAUAUACUUUUUGAUGAUUCUCGGAAACUGACUAUUUUGUCCGAGUCCAAAGAGGAGCAGGUUGCUUCUUUUCAGUGUGAACCUACCGGGGAGCUGCUCUUUGAACUUGUAUCUUAUUCAUCUUCAACGUUACCAUUAACAAGGGCAUCAAGGACAUUGGGUACUACUGCAUUCUCUCUUCAAGACCUUCUGGUCCCGAUCCCAAACCUAUAUGUGGAAAAAUGGUUAGACUUGGUGCCAAGUUCUGGAAAUGUGAACUUGAAGCCGAUUUGCCUACGAGUUGCUAUCUCAUGUACUAUUCCAGUACCAACACAACGCAUGCUUCACAUGGUUCAUCCUCGACAGAUAAAAAGUUCUUGUUUCUUCCCCCUUCCUGGAAAGAUUAAAGAUGCCAAGAGUAGAAUGGACGUCAUUGACGAAACUGGCUCUAAACUCAUCAGCCUCCAAAUGAGGAAUUCUGAAAAGGCAAAGGCGAGGGAAAACCACGGUCUUAAGAAGGAGGUGAUUGGAACAAUGAAGUCUGGUGAAACCCACACUCUCGCAGAAACUCUAGGCACUGGGUGGUCCUUGAUGAAUUCUCACUGGUCUCUUCACCCUAGUAAGAACUCUGGUGGAGACUGGCAUAUUUUUGAGCUUGUGGGUAACAAAAUGGUCAAAUUUUAUCCUGGCAGAAAGCUGGACUAUGAACCUAAAAGUUGUGAGAAACAUAGAAACGAACAACACUUUGUUACUGCAGUCGAGUUCUCUGCUGAAGAUCCUUAUGGAAAAGCAGUCGCUUUGCUCAACCUAAAAUCUGGAUUUGUCAAGGUGAAGGAAGAGUGGAUGCUAGUUCCUAGUCUCAUAUCAUUUAUGGUAUUCUCGGAUGUGGUGAAGGAGCAAUAUGCUGGUUUUGUUGUUAAUGCCAAAAGUUUGGAGGAGAUUAAGAUUAUAACUGCAAUUAAUGAGGGGACUGGCAAGGAAGCCAAUGGAACGAGUAUUGUCUCUUCUGAAGCAAGUAAAAUUGCAUCCAAUACAGAUGUGGCUAAAGGAAAUGCGGUGAUUCCAGGAAAAGGCCAGUUGUCCAGCGGAGGCUGUGGUGGAGGGUGCGGAAGCGGGUGCGGCAAUGGUAGUGGAAACAUGGUGGGGAGUGGUGGCUGUGGAGGAGGGUGUGGCAGCGGAUGUGGAAAUGGUUUUGCAAAUAUGGUGGAUAGUGGUGGCUGCGGUGGAUGUGGUGGCGGAUGUGGUGGUGGAUGUGGUGGCGGAUGUGGAAUCUCAAUAAGUAGUAGUGCAUGUGGUGGUUGUGGCGGUUGUGGGGGUGCUGGCGGUUGUGGGGGUUGUGGAGCUAAAUUUGCACAAUCUGAUAAUCCGUGUGCGAAGAAAACGCCAACCCUCGAUGUCAACGAGGCAGUAGCUGCUUGAUAUCCAUGUUCAUCAUGGGACUGCACAAAGUUCUUGUGAACUAUGAAGUGACAUACUUACCUGUAUGCUAUGAUCUAUAUGGUUCGAGUAUAGCUUCUAUCUGUAAUAUGUUGUUAAUAGGGUGAAUAUGGUGUGUUUUAAUAAUCAAGCCUCUAGCUUGAGAAAUCAUAAAUGAACUCUUAAUAAUGCAAGUGUUUCCAUACAAAAUUGUUUGGAUUACUUGAAUGAAACUACGGUUGCUCAUUUGGGUCGAAUUCUUCCCUUUCUGCACCAUAUGAAAUCACUAUACCAAUAAUGCUUUUACUUC